CAGUAACCAAAUACCAAAGGGUGCAGGAAGAGAAUUGGAACAGUGAUUGACCACAGUGAACGCUUGCACACUCUCGCCUCCAUCGCAACGUUCGCAAGUCUGAACUCAAUAGGCGGGAAGCUGUGUAUCGUGGUACCGUGUACAUACAUGCUUAUUUACCUUAUUUACUAAGCUACAGCGUCCACAGUACUGCUCAGUACGGUUAAAUGUGGACUGUGAAAGAAAUUUUGGAGGUGCAGUAAUGGCAAUCCAUAUGAAAUAUAGUGUGAAUUUAGGUGGAGAGCCGGGCGUAAUGAGCAGUUCUAUACAUCAUAUGCCAUGUCAAAUACACGCUGAUGGCGAAGCCAGUGUUUCAAAAUAUUUCAAACCGUAUAUCAGAAAGCAGGAUGGAAAUGAAGAUGUGCUUUGUGCAUCUUUCCGAGGGUACCCUUUGAUGGGAAAAAUUAUUCCUCUACCACAAGGAUAUAGAGGUAUUGUUGCACAAGAAAAUGUUAAACCUAUGACUGAAGGAGCAGAAAGGAAUAUCCAUGUUAUGCAUACCUUCACAUCAUUUACAUACUGGAACUGGGAUAAGCCUCCUUGUCAGAAUGAUGCUCUUCUUUCAGCUUUGGAUUGGGUUGAUGUUUCUGAAGUGCUUCAUUCAACAACAGAUGAAAGCAAUGGAUAGCUAAUAUUGGAAUAACUGGAAUUGGUGCUCCCAUCUGCUGCUAACCUCAGGAAUUCAUGUUACUGGAAUUAAUCAAUAGUGUUUUGUGUUCAAGAGUGUAAGAUUUCUCUCUCCAUCACAGUUCUGAUUUGAAUGAGACUUCAACUGCAGAUUGCAGCGAAAAGUAUGAAGUGUUACCAUGUUAGUUGUUCAAAUGUGAGAGAACAUUGUAUGGUAUUUCAUUUGACAAUAAUAUACAGAAAUGAUAAUGGA